UCUUAGAAAUUUAUUACUUAUCACCUUAGCCACUUCGCUUCAUUUGAGCCAUGGUUGCCAAAUGGAUGGUGUGACUAACUGGAACCUCCCGAUAAGGAGGGACAUAAAAGAUAUUUACAGUGGGAGCAUUUUCAGUGCAGCGACCACUAAUAUAGAGAGAAUAAACGACGUAAGAUACGGUGGAGAGAUUAAUAACGGGCCGUACGUGGAAGUCACCCACAACAACAACUUAUUUGACUUAUCUACCAUUGAUGCCUUUAGAGAUUACGAAGAGUACGAAACUAAUGAUGUGAUGACCGUCAUUGUUGAUUUUCAAUGUACAGGCAGCAGCACUGUCACUUUGAUACUUAGUAUAGGAAUACAGGACACGAACAACAAUGCUCCUGAAUUUCGACCAACUGAUGUAUACGAUUUUUCUAUCGCUACGCCGAUUCCCCCGGGAUUUCAUAUCACGGGCUGCGUCAACGAUAUCACUGUACGAGAUAUAGACCUUACUACUCAGAGAAUUCACUUCGAUAUCGAAGAUAACGAAUACUUCGAAAUUGCUUACGACGACACCGCUACCAAUGUCCCUAAGGAGUUUAAAGCUGUACUUAGGACUAAAACUUUAAUAAGAGCCCUUCCCGAAGUUGUUGAACUCGAAAUCUAUGCGACGGACGUAGAUUUGACUGGAGAUCCUAAUAUAACAACGACUGCAAUCGUUCGUAUAGAAGGAGACGCGGGAUUCGAAAUGCCAAUUGAACCAAUUUUCUCCCAACCGUAUUACUUAGCCAGCUACACGACAUCUCACGAAAUUGUUCUGGAGCAACUAAUUUCACUGCAACAGGGCUAUCACAAAGAUGUUACAUUUACUUUAGAAGGAGAAUACAGGGACAAUUUUCAACUCGUCAAUGGUGGCAAUGAAAUGCGCUUAACUGUUACCACCCCGUUGUCAGACGAGGUCUUAAGGGAUCAACGAAUUAUUCUUGUUGUCAGAGCAGUAAGAGAGGACACCAGUGGAGCUACAGCUGCUAUAUUUGUGCAACUGCCCGAAGUGUUGGGCCUGGAGUUUAGCCAACCGCAGUACAGCGGAUCUAUCGUUGACAAUGUACUGCAAUCGUUGUCGUUGACUUUGACCCAGGGAUAUCAAGACGGCGUUAAUGUUACUAUUCUUGGAGACCAUUCAUCUUUUUUUUCCUCCACGAUCCAAGGAAGUAUGAUAACUCUAGCAAUGUCCAAUCUGGAUGAAAGCAUUAUUGCUGAAAACAACUUCAUCACUCUACAAGUAAUAGCUUCGAACGACUAUAGCUCAGCAUCGGCUAUUGUUACACUUGGUAUAAUAAAGGACGACAUCAAUUCACCGGCGUUCGAGAAGGCGAUAUACAGCGGUACCUUUGACAUGGUCACUGGACUGACCCUUGAGCAAAUUGUAUUGGUUCAGGGAUACGAUGACAGUGUUCAAUUUGAACUUAGCGGAGAACACAGCGACCACUUUGAAGUGGAAAGGAAUGGAAGAUACAUAAAUUUAGUAGCCUCAAAACUUCCCGUCGAAGUCUUAAUUCAACAACAUCUGUUACUCACUAUAAUAGCUACUAAACCUCGAACCUUAGAUGCUACCGCAAUUAUUUCCGUUACGCUACCGGAAGCACGAGAACUCCGCUUUGGAGCACCCACUUAUAGUGGCACUCUCCAAGAUAAUGUCGUUACUCUCGAAAACAUCAUUUUAAGCGUUGGAUAUGAGGACGGUGUGAGCUUCGCCUUGGCUGGAGAAUACGCAAGUUCAUUCGCGGCGGUGCCUACAGAAAAUGAAGUAGCUAUAACUCUACGAACGUCUCUACCUGACAAUGUUGUUAAUGAAAAUAGUAUCAUUAUGUUAACACUAACGGCUUCUGGCGUUCACGCCGUAACCACUUCAACAUCAGUAGUGUUGGAAAUAAUAAAACCAGACAUUACAACACCUGUCUUUAGUCAAAAUAUUUAUAGAGCAGAGUACUUGGGAGACUCGAAUAUUGAUAUGAGAGAUACAUACAUCACUUUGAUACAAGGAUACGACAGCGACGUUGAGUUUAGACUGGAUGGAGAACACUCAGAGUAUUUCGACAUAAAUGAUUCCAAUGAGACCAAUAUAAUAUUGCAUCUAAAAUCUGCAAUCCCUGAAGAAAUAAUAUACCAAGAAAAAGUUUUAAUCUUCAACAUAUUAGCUGAAAAGGCUCUUACAGUGGGUGCUAAUGCUGCAGUGUCUAUUGAAUUCAGUAGAGAACUGACAGAAGCAACAUUAAUGAAAUUUGCACAACAAACUUAUAUUGGCACAUUUGAAGGUGACACCUUAAGACUGGAAAAUAUCGUCCUUGAAACAGGCAUCGCUCCUGGUACCCGGUUUACUUUAUUAGGAGAAUUAUCAUCGUACUUUACGACCACAUAUACGAAUAAUGAAGUAACCGUUUCACUAAACACUAGUACUUCACUACCAACUGAAGUUUUGCAAAAUGAUACUUUGAUACUAUUGAAAUUAGAAGCAGAAAGAGAACGAGCAGUGACUGCUGUAACUAGUAUAGUGAUUGAAAUACUAAGAGAAGACAUAAUAGUUCCACAAUUUACAAACGCGUAUUACAGAGGAUCAUAUACUGAAAAUGAAGUAUUAAUUUUCGAAGAUAUUAUAUCUUUAUCUCAAGGACACGAUGAAACAGUCACCUUUAAGCUCGAAGGAGAUAGUUCAGAAUGGUUCGAUGUAGUUCCGCAAUUGGAUUCAGUUAACCUAAUACUCACCUCUCCUAUACCUGCCAAUGUAUUAGAACAAAACAGUCAGCUUCUCUUUACGGUUGUAGCUAUUAAGCCAGGUACAAUUGACGGAAGAGCAGCGAUUUCCAUUGAUCUUCCUAAAGAUACGCUUGACCCGAUAAUCCUGAGUUUUGCGCAUAAAAGCUAUGUGGGCCGCAUAGAAAACGGUGAAUUAGAUAUUUCGACAAUUGUACUGAAUCCUGACAAAAUAAAUGCCUCUCUUAAUAUUACUGGGGAGUAUGCGUCCUACUUUGAAUUGUUGCGAAAUAAUUCAAAUUUUGUUGUCCAGCUAAUUGAAGAAUUACCACCUAAUGUAAUUGAGGAAAACUCAUUCAUUGUUCUCGACGUAACUGCAUCAUAUGCAGGAGCUAUACCAGGCUAUACGACACUCGUUAUCGAAAUAGUGAAAACACAAAUAGUACAACCAAUAUUUGAACACGCUUACUACAUUGGAGAAUACUCAGUACAAGACGGAUUAUCGUUUGAACAUACGAUACGUUUGAUUCAGGGCUUCGACGAGUCGGUUAAUUUCACUCUUGCGGGCGAUGAUGCUCAGUGGUUUGAACUAGUUGACAAUGGAAAUACCGUAACGCUCAGACUAUCCGAUGAUACAAUAAAGGAUGUUAAAGAUAGAAGCCACGUUAUUUUCAGGGUGGUAGCUACUAAAACUAAUAGCGUACCGGGAGAAGCGGCAAUCAUCAUUAGUCUAACCGACUUUUAUACAACAAGUACUCUGGUUUUCUCACAAAAUUACUAUAUGGGGUCUGUUGAGAAUGGAAUCCUAAAUACAGACCAAAUUAUACUUAUGGAGGGUUAUACUUCGGAUAUACAGGCGACGCUUUUGGGAGAUCACGCGGAAUAUUUUCAAGUAACGCACGAAAAUGAAAUAAUUACUUUACAUCUGAUAUCAGAUUUGCCGCCUGAUGUCAUAGAUUUUAAUAAUUUAUUAGUCUUCAAUUUAGAAGUUGAAACAGAAAGAGAAAGAGCACGCGCGAUUGUUAUUUUAGAAGUUAUAAAACCUGAUAUAAUUCCAAUAGCUUUUGAUGAAGACUUUUAUGUGGGCUCUUAUACAGAAACGGACUUUAUAUUUGAGCCACAAAUAACUCUGGCUACUGGCUAUGAUGAGACUGUAUUAUUCUUUUUAGACGGAGACCACUCGCAAUGGUUUGAUUUUAUAAGAGAUGGCAAUUCGGUGUCACUCAUAUUGAAAACACCUGUUCCGCCAGCAAUAGUGGCAAGCAAUCGAAAAUUAAUAUUCGUAAUACGUGCCGACAAACCUGACAGCACACGUGCUACAGCAACCAUUGUUAUAUCAUUGAUGGAUGAUCCUGAAACCGAGGACGGUGUCAGUUUUGAAAACAUUCUAUACAAAGGAGUUAUUGAAGAUGGAAUCGUUCAACACGAAAGGAUUACAGUCUUGGGCUAUGAUGGAACAGAAAUACAAAUUCUCGGAGAUCAUGGGAGUUUAUUUGAAGCAUCAGUAUCAGAAGAUAACGUAAUCGUAAAAGGUGUAGAGUUGGCGAACUUGCCUCUUGAUGUGUCUUUUGUUGUCUUGGAACUAAGAAUAAACGAAGCAGGAGCCGUAUUGUUACUUAAUGUCAAGCAGGAAACUCCACCGGAAAAUGUUAGUUUCGACAAGACACUUUAUGAAGGAAUUAUUCAAGCUGGCGUUGUUGAACACGAAAUUAUUACCGUCAAUGGAUACAGCGGGAGCAGCGUUAACAUUUCAGGAGAUACUCCACCGGAAAAUGUUAGUUUCGACAAAAUACUUUACGAAGGAACCAUUCAAGAUGGCGUUGUUAAACACGAAACAAUUAUGGUCAAAGGAUAUAGCGGGAGUCGUAUUCCACUUUCAGGAGAGCAUGCCGAAUUCUUCAACGCUACACUAUCCAGCGGAACCAUCACUGUACAAGGAGUUACCCUUGACGCUCUUCCAUCUGAUGUCCAAUUUGUGCUCAUUGAAAUGAGCGCAGGUGAUGCCAGAGCCAUGCUGGUACUUACCACAAAUAUUCACGACCCUCCGUUGCCAGGAAGUGCCAGCUUCGACAAAACGCUUUAUGAAGGAACCAUUCGAGAAGGAAUCGUUCAACAUGAAACUAUAACAGUUUUAGACUAUAUUGGAACCGCCGUAGAAGUUAUAGGAGAUCACGCGGAAUUGUUCAAGCCCACUCUAUCAAACGGAAUUGUAACUUUACAAGAAGAUGGGCUAGAGGCCCUGCCUGAUGAUGUCUUCUUUGUGAGUCUCGAAAUGAAAGUAAGCACCGCCAGUGCCAUAUUAGUACUUGCCGUAACUCGCACUGACCCACCACCGUGUAUAGUUAGUUUCGAGAAAAUUCUGUAUGAAGGAAACGUACACGAUGGUGCCGUGCUACACGAAGAUAUUACCGUAAAUGGGUAUAGCGGAACGGAUAUUCAACUUCUCGGAGAUUACGCAGAUUUAUUCAAGGCCACACUAUCAAACGGAAUUGUAACUGUACAAGAAGACGGACUAGAGGCCUUGCCAUCUGAUGUCCUCUUUGUGAGUCUGGAAAUGAGAGUCAGCACUGCCAGUGCCAUAUUAGUACUUGCCGUAACCCGCACUGACCUGCCAUCAUGUAUAGUCAGUUUCGAGAAGACUCUAUACGAAGGACUCAUACAAGAUGGUGCCAUGCUACACGAAUAUAUUACCGUAAAUGGGUACAGCGGAACAGAUAUUCAACUUCUCGGAGAAUUCUCGGGACUAUUCGAAGGCACUCUCUCCAACGGGACAGUCACAGUACGAGGCGUGUCUUUGGAGACUCUGCCGCCUGACGUCCUAUUUGUGGCCCUUGAAAUGAAAGUAAGCGAUGCCGGCGCUGUUUUGUUACUUACUCGUACCGACCCACCGCCAGAAAGUAUAAGUUUCGAUAAAACGCUUUACGAAGGAACUAUUAAAGACGGAGUUGUUCUUCAUGAAUCCAUAAGCAUUAAUGGAUACAACGGGACCAGUAUUGAAAUUUCAGGAGAGCAUGCGGAUCUCUUUAGCGCUACACUGUCCAGCGGAACAGUAACUAUACAAGGAAUGAGACUUGACGCUCUCCCAUCUGAUGUCGAAUUUGUGCUUAUUGAAAUGAGCGUAGGCGAUGCCAGAGCCAUGCUGAUACUUACCACAAAUAUGCGCGACCCUCCACCGCCAGGAAGUGCACGUUUCGAUAAAGCGCUUUAUGAAGGAACCAUUCGAGAAGGAGUCAUUCAACAUGAAACUAUAACAGUCUUAGACUAUACUGGAACCGGCAUAGAAAUUAUAGGAGAUCACGCGAGAUUAUUCAACGUCACGCUGUCAAACGGAAUUGUAACUAUACAAGAAGGUGGACUAGAGGCCUUGCCAUCUGAUGUCUUCUUUGUAAGUCUGGAAAUGAGGGUGAGCACUGCCAGUGCCGUAUUAGUACUUACCGUACACCGGACUGUAUACCCUGAACUACCAACAAUCACGUUCAGUUCCGAAUCAUAUGCUAUACGUGUUGAUGUUGCUCACACUGGUUUAGCGGGAAGAGUCCAUGCCACAGCUGACAACAGAGAAGCUGUUACCUAUUCACUAAACAUCAACGAUCCACAUUUACAGCAACGCUUGUCCAUCGAUAUCCAAGGUGGAUUGUUUUUGUCUGCGCAAGCUAACAGCGGAGUAUACAACUUCCAAGUUGUGGCCACUACAGUCGUGUCACAAGCCACUGCUACUGCACAGAUCACUCUGACAGUAGACGCCAUCACAAUAUGCGGUGAAGAUGACCUCGUGGUGCCACCCUUGAUAAUCUUGGACAGAGACGAAGAAGAACCUCACCGAAACCUCGUACUUUUAAACGAAGCACAAUUCCCAGGUUGUCGGUACACUCUUACAAACCUAUGGCCUCAUGAUCAGAAGUGGUUAUACGUCGAUGACAAUGGUUUGCACUCUCAUAAUAUCGACAGGGAAGAUGAGUCGAUCGCUUUUAUGGCGCUCUCGCAAGUGCAAGUUGAGCUAUUCCUCGAAUGCGAUACCGAUAAAGUGUCAACGCGACACAAGCGUUCUUUGAACCCACAACCGAAACUCGAUCACCUCGGUCCUUAUGAUUACGGCGACAAGAAAUGGAUCUUAACUGAUGGCAUUCGAUACAAUUCAAGGCGAACUUUAGUUAAUCUAAUUGUAAAUGAUAUCAACGACAACGCUCCCAUUUUUGAUGAAAAUGAAAAUGAGCCUAUAGUAGUAGGUUAUCCCGUACCGAAACUCGAAGAACGUGUAUUACCUCGAGCCUUAGUCGAGUUACAGGCAACUGACGCAGAUGUCGGAAUGAAUGCAAGACUAUUCUACUGGAGUUUGGAAGACGCUUUAUCUGUAGCACCUAGUACAGGAUUAGUUCACGUUCGCAAGAACGAACUUUUAGAAGAUAACAUGGUGUUGACUGUUAACGUUACAGAUCGGAACGGUGAUAACGGACUUACUGGAUCUGUCAAGCUUAUGGUGAAACUUAUAGAUACAAAUCAUAUCGCCGUCGUAACGGUACGAGACAAAUUUUUGAACGAUGAGCGAAAUAUCCUAACCAAAUUUACUGAAGCACUUGGAUACGAAGUUAAAUCUCUAAGAUCCACAGUCGUACCACAUACCACUGAAGAAUUCCCUGAAGAUAACACAAUGAAUAAACGAGAAAGGAUAUCUGCCCCUGGAGCUUCGUUGCAACUUUAUAUUUAUGGACUAUACGAACGGGAACCGGUUGAUGUUGAUAAACUACUCGCAAAUAUAAGUAGCAGACCAAUAACGGUCAACAUAAUACGGUCUGUAUCUCUAGAAGAAUAUCUGGAAGGUCUAGAAUCAUGCGUCAUACAAAGUGCCACAGGCUUGUUAGUAGCAACAAUAAUCCUCAGUGUCCUGCUCUUUAUAAUAAUUGUGGCCGCAGCCGUGUGGUUCUUCCUAAGAAGGAAAUGGAACAUGUUUUAUAAGCAGUUCUCUGAUAUUGAUAGUUUAGCGUCGCAUAAAGAAUCUGGGAUUGAGAGUCCUAAACCAGAGGACAUAUUAGCUAGACCCAGAAUCGACCUAGAAACGCUAAAGAAAAGUGAAAAAAGACUCCAAGAAAUGCUAGACACGUCAGUGGAAGCAGUCGCCGUCGAACCGACACCAUCAGAUUCUAGAAUAAAAUCUUCCGAAAGGAUUCUUGAGGCUGUAGUAAAUGAUAUUCCAAUCGUAAUACAGUCUAUAGACAAGUUGAAAGAUGGUGACGAUGAUUCUGAAGAUGAGGAUGAGUUCGGUGAAAGACGGAGAACAAGAAAAAAGUCAGUAGUUACGUUUAACGAGAACGUAGAAAAGAUUAUACAUGUUGAAAAUAUUCCAGACGAUAAUAAUUCGUUCAACGACGACAUUGAAGUGUUUAAUUUAUAAGUAAAUACGCAUGCACUAAGUGAUAACGGCGUUUGUUAUAUUAUGUAUGUAUGUUU